UUCCAAUCGCAAGAUAAUGUACAUCGAUUAUUUUGAGUGUGAUCGUGGAAAAAUAGAAAAAAGCGGACAGUUGUACCGAAAAUUAAAAAAACAAUUUAAGAAACCCCGCUUUGCAUAAUGUUGUAGAGAUAAUCUCUUUUCCUGAAUUGUUUGGCUCCCGUUCGAUCCCCAGAUAUUCUCUGGUUUUUUCCCCUGUUUGUGCGUACUGGAAGGUUUGGCAUAAGAUGUCGCUGGACGCAGCUUGUACAGUGAGAGAGCUGAGGGAGAGCUUUGCGUCGGGUCGGACGCGGCCUUAUGAGUGGAGAAUUGGUCAGCUUAAGCAGAUUGUGAAGCUUGUUGAUGAAAAUCAGGAUGAGAUUGCGGAGGCUCUGCAUAAGGAUAUCGGCAAGCCUCCAUUUGAGUCUUUCAUCUCAGAGAUAUCACUUUUAAAAGCCUCAUGCAAAGUAGUGAUCGGUGGGCUAAAGAAAUGGAUGGCCCCAGAAAAGGUUGGAACUACAAUCACAAGCUUUCCUUCAUCGGCUGAAAUUGUGCCAGAACCAUUGGGGGUCAUUUUGAUUAUUUCUGCAUGGAAUUAUCCCUUUUUGUUAUCCAUGGAUCCAGUAAUAGGAGCUAUUGCAGCAGGUAAUGCAGUGGUCUUGAAACCAUCUGAGGUGGCCCCUGCAACAUCUUCUUUGCUUGAGAAGCUUGUAUCAAAAUAUCUAGAUGGUACUGCAAUUCGUGUUUUUGAGGGUAGCGUCGCUGAGACAACAAGUUUGCUAGAACAAAGAUGGGAUAAAAUAUUUUAUACAGGGAGUGGCAGAAUAGGAAAGAUUGUGAUGGCUGCAGCAGCAAAUCACCUUACUCCUGUUACCUUAGAACUUGGAGGAAAAUGCCCAGUCAUUGUUGACCCAACAGCUGAUUUACAGGUUACAGCGAGGCGAAUUGUAGCUGGCAAGUGGGGAAGUAAUAAUGGACAAGCAUGCAUUGCUCCAGAUUACAUUAUAACUCUGGAUUUCUUUGCUCCUAAAUUGAUAGAUGCUCUGAAAAGUACACUGGAGAAUUUUUUUGGAAAGGAUGCAUUUCAAACCUCAGAUAUGUCGCGAAUUGUUAACUUAAACCAUUUUACACGUCUAACAAGGCUUCUGGAUGAUCCAAAGGUGUCAGAUAAAGUCAUCUACGGGGGUGAGCGAGAUGAGAAAAAAUUGAUCAUUACACCUGCUCUUUUGCUGGAUCCUCCGGCAGAUUCUUUGAUUAUGGCGGAUGAAAUAUUUGGUCCCUUGCUUCCAAUCAUAACUGUGCAAAAGAUGGAGGAAGCUUUGGAAUUUGUUAAUUCACGGCCAAAGCCUCUUGCAGCAUAUCUAUUUUCAAAGAAUAAAAAUCUAGAGAAAGAGGUGGUUGCAAGCAUCUCCGCCGGAGGGAUGGUUGUCAAUGAUACCGUUUUGCAUCUUACAAAUCACAACUUGCCCUUUGGAGGGGUUGGAGAAAGUGGAACUGGAGCAUAUCACGGCAAGUUUUCGUUUGACAAUUUCAGUCAUAAAAAGGCAGUCCUCUAUAGAGGCUUUGCAGGAGAUCUCGGGGCGAGAUAUCCUCCCUACACCAAGAAAAAGCAAAGUAUGGUGAGAUGCCUUUUGAAUGGAGAUAUAAUUGGAUUAAUAUGUGCUCUUAUUGGAUGGGGCAGGUAGUUGUUUGCAAGCAGACACAUCUAUAAGCUAUGCUUCAAGAUACAAUGUCAAUCCUUGUAUCAUUAUUUCAAUAUUUUUUAGAAAUGAUAAAAUAAGUUAUGUGCGAGGUAUAUGAUUUAGAUUCUAAUUGUUUCGGAAGGAUUAGCAGUUUGCUCUCAUGAUUCAGCAGAUGGCUAUCUUCUUCGUUUGCAAGCAUCUGUUUCUUGGGUUGUUCUUAGCUGGGCACAUUUGAUAUAUACUGUUCUCUUCUUCUAUUUUCCAAGUUCAAACUGCUUGUAGUAUUUGACGAUCAAAUUGUUUUGAUAUAAGAAGCCUGAUAUGGUAUUUAUUUUCA